AUGUGUUUCGGACGGAAACCAAAAGUCCAGUAUUAUGGACAGCCUGCCUAUGGAGCGAGGCCGUAUAAUCCUUAUGGUGGAGCACCGGUGAAGCAUAAUAAACACCGCCACGGCAACUCUGCAGCCAUGCCCAUAUUCGUCGAUUCAAGCGGACAUGGCGGACACCACGGUCACCACGGACAUCAUGGUGGAGGAGGAGGAGGAUGGUUUGGAGGUGAUGGUGGUGGAGGAGGAGAUGGGGGUGGUGGAGGGGGUGGGUGUUAG